GGGGAUGCAAAACGCAUCCAGAUGAAAUGAACGCCAUUCUUCUCAGUAAUCCUUGUCUAUCCUUUUUAUCUCGGGACUCACAGCAGUCUGAUCACUAUGAGACAGCGCAGCGGCGGGACAAAGCCACGCGGAUGACAGUCCAAUAAAUGAAAGUGGAAACAGCAUUUCUCUCUGACUUCGGCAGCCACAAACUGGGCAUAUGUAGGCAAAUUGGUGCAUGCGUAAAAGUGGGCCAAAAUGUUGUCUGUCCUGGUGCUGCUGGGGCUCGGCGUGGCCACCUUUGAACUUUUCCCCCCAGUGAGCUGCUGCCCUUCACAGUGCAGCUGUUUCUACCACAACCUAAGCGAUGGAUCCAAAGCCAGGAGCGUAAUAUGCAACGACCCCGACAUUUCUCUUGUGCCUGUCGGGUUCCCAGUUGACACAUCGAAGUUGCGCAUCGAGAAGACGUCCGUCCAGCAGAUUCCAAGCGAAGCCUUCAUCUACCUCUCCAGUCUGGAAUUCCUAUGGAUGUCCUUCAACACGCUCUCGGCUCUGAGCCCCAACAGUUUCCGGGGGUUGUUCAACCUGGAAGAGCUUCGUCUGGAUGGGAAUGCUCUCACUGCCUUUCCCUGGGAGUCUCUCAUGGAUAUGCCCAGCCUCAGACUCCUCGAUUUGCACAACAACCAGCUCACCUCGCUGCCCGCAGAGGCCACGAUUUACAUUAAGAACCUCACCUACCUGGAUCUGUCCAGUAACAGCCUGCUGACCCUGCCGGCGGAGGUGUUGUCCACUUGGCUGGCUGCUAAACCCACACAGGGACCAGAGAGCUCCAAGAUGAUCCUUGGUCUCCAUGAUAACCCCUGGGUGUGUGACUGCCGGCUCUAUGAUCUGGUCCAGUUCCAGAAGUCUCCCACUCUGUCUGUGGCUUUCAUCGAUACAAGACUCCGCUGUUCAGCCCCUGAAAGUUUGUCAGGAGUCUUGUUCAGCGAUGCAGAGCUACGGCAGUGUCAGCUCCCACGAAUCCACACCGCAGUGGCACGAGUCCGUAGUGCGGUUGGGAACAAUGUGCUGCUUCGUUGUGGGACUAUCGGAGUUCCCAUUCCAGACCUGACAUGGCGCAGGGCAGACGGACGAAACCUGAAUGGAACAGUUCAGCAGGAAACAUCUAAGGAGGGGAUCACAUGGUCCAUCCUCAGCGUCUCAGCUGUGUCUCAGCUUGAUUCAGGGAAAUUCAUCUGCAAGGCAACAAACUAUGCUGGAAAUGCAGAGGCUGUCAUUUCUCUCAUGGUCUCUAACUCCCCCAAACCAGAGGGAAACCAGACCAACGCAGACAAGAAAGCUAAAGUCAAGAAGCAGAACCAAAUGGGCAAAGCUGCAUACCAAGAGAAACUGGUGGCCAGAUAUGUAGCUCCAACAUCCACCCCUUCAAAUUUACCUGCCAUGGAUGCUGACCUCAUGCCUGGUCUUGCUUCAGAUUCUGGACUGGUGGGCUACAGCCUGACAGAUAGAGUCACCCAAGAGCCAGGAACCUCCUCCAACUCUGACACGCUGCUGGAUCUGGAGAAAACAAAUCUGAGUAACCUAUCGGCCAACACUUCAUCGCUGCAACAGGACCCUGACAGGGUGGUCCGCUCAGUGAAGGUGGUGGGAGACACAGACAACACAAUCUCUCUGAACUGGAGAGCACCCAAAGCCAAGAACACAACAGCAUACAGUGUGUUGUAUGCAGUGUUUGGAGAAAGAGAUAUGAGAAAGAUCAAUGUUGGAGCAGGCCAGACCCGGGUUACAAUUGAUGGGUUGGUGCCCAGAACCAAGUACAUUGCCUGUGUGUGUGUGAAGGGGCUGAUCCCCAAGAAAGAACAGUGUGUGAUAUUUUCCACUGAUGAAGCAGCGAGUGCUACCGGCACCCAGAGGCUGAUUAAUGUGAUUGUAAUCACCGUGGCCUGUGUCAUCGCAGUCCCGCUCACUGUCAUUGUAUGCUGCGGGGCACUGAAGAGGCGCAUUAAAAAGUAUUGGGGAAAGAAAUCAAAGGACAUCCAAGAUUCAUAUGUGACUUUUGAGACACUUUCUCCUGGCACAAAGGCCAAAGGGCUCGAGGGCGAAUAUUUAAACAGACUGAAUCCAGAGGAGUCCAACAGGCUGCUGUCGGCCCGCUCCAGCCUAGACUCAGAAUCCACAGCAAAGAUAGAGGGACAGCCUAACGAGUACUUCUGCUGACAUCAUGCUCCAGCUCCGGCUCCCAUUCCACUUCAGUUUCCUCGCACUCAUCCACACAACAGUUCAAAACCCAACACCCAUCCACAUCCCCAUCACCUCCCUCGUCUUCACACACAUCCAUAUCCCCAUUACUACCCGUACACCCCUCCUACGCAACAUCCUGAUGUCAAUCCUCCCAAAAUUCACUCCCAUAAGCCCACACCAUGGGAUUCCCCUCCACCUGUUCCUCCUCGCUGGAUAACACCACCUACUCCACCACCACAGAGAGCCAACUUCUAUCAAAGGACUUUUGCUCGUUGCACUGUAAUGGAAAUAUCAGUUUGACAAACCCUUUAUGUCCAGAAAAUUUUUUGUGGAUUGUUACUCCAGGAACUGUUGUGCUCACACACACACUCAUCCAUGAAAAGUAAGACUUGAUUGUAUUUGUAAAAGAAUAUUUUCUUUUAUUCCCAAAACCUGUAAAAAAACGAGUCAGAUUACAGCAAACACUGUAAAUAUUUUUUUGUGACUUGCAUGUCCUAACAGAAAAAAAAAAUCCCAACCUUUUUUAACCUAACCUGACUUAUAGGGAACCUUAUGGUGAAUAUAUAGUUUCUAUCAUAUGAAUGUGUACGAUUUGUAAAUAUUUCUUGGACGAUGCAUACUUACAUCAACAGUUAAUCCUGUGCCUCUGUUUAUAUAAGUUCACAGAGAAGAUAUACACACAGGCAUGGUUCAACACUGAUGAACAGAGAGAAGCUGGAGCUGGAAAGAAGUACAGGAAGGACUGACUUAUGACACAAUGUAAAUACAGUGGAAAAUACCAAGUAAAAAUUAAACAUUAGAUAUUUUUAUUCUCAGCAAUGAAAAACAAUAAAAUUCCUAUUUCAUGCUGAAUAGAGGCACCGUAAUUUGUUGUACGUAGAUCUGUUUAUUCCAGUCAUAUUUGAAUAAAUAA